AUGGACGACAGGAUCAAACUGCUCACCGGCUGCCCUGCAUAUAUCGAAGGCGUUGGCACCUCAUAUGGAUAUAUCCCAUCGCUAGGAGCAGGCAUUGCCUACUGUACACUCUUCGGUCUCUCGAUGAUCCUCCAUACAGUCCAAUUCACCUGGAAGCGACAAUGGUGGGCAAGCGUGUUUAGUAUCGGAUGUUUGGUCGAAGUAAUCGGCUGGGCCGGUCGUACCUGGUCAGCCAAAUGUCCAUACAACGGGACUGCCUUCCUAAUGCAAAUCUCCACCCUCAUCAUCGCCCCAACCUUCUUCACAGCAGGAAUCUAUAUCCUAUUAGGCCGCUUCAUCCAAGUCCUCGGCCGCGAAUCCUCCUUCAUAAAGCCAAGCCUAUACCUCUGGAUCUUUUGCACCUGCGACGUAAUCUCGCUCGUUGUCCAAGCCAUCGGCGGCGGCAUGGCCUCCGGAGAAGCCGACAAGAUCGGUGGCGACACCGCAACUGGAACGCACAUCAUGGUCGCUGGUAUCGUCUUCCAGCUCUUCUCGAUUACCAUCUUCGUCGUCUGCGCGGUUGACUUCAUCCGCCGCACUAUGCGCAACCGUUUGCUGCAGUCCGUAACCGGCUCGGUCAUCCCCCUGUUCGCCGCGAUGAUACUUUCCAUCGUCUGCAUCUAUAUUCGGAGUAUCUAUCGCACGAUCGAGUUGUCACAGGGAUGGCAUGGUUAUCUCAUUACUCACGAGUCGUACUUUAUUGCGCUUGAUGGAGCUAUGAUGGUUGUUUCGGUGGGUGUGUUUAAUGUGCUGCAUCCUGGAUGGAUGUUGCCCAAUGGGAAGUCUGAUUCGUAUAAAAUGGAGCAGACUUCGGUUGAUUGA